AUGCCGUCAUUUCAUUUGGCUGAAGUGUCAGUCAGAAACACCGUGAAUCGUAACCUGCAGAAAGAGAGCUGGCCGGGGUCACGAGUCCAGCAACUUCAGUACGGUUUCAGGCAAAGUGAUACAGUGGGACGCGUCAACCUGGUGUCUGGGCACGUGAAGACCCAGCUGAUUGCUCUUGACAAAGAGGUGUAUGACAUCGCGUUCAGCCGAGCAGGAGCCGGCAGAGAUAUGUUUGCCUCUGUGGGGGCCGAUGGGUCGGUCCGCAUGUUUGACUGGCACCUGGAGCUCAGUACCAUCAUCUAUGAAGACCCCCAGCACCACCCGCUGCUCCGCCUUUGCUGGAACAAGCAAGGCCCCAACUACUUGGCUACAAUGGCCAUGGAGGUGGUCAUCCUGAAUGUAUGUGUGCCUUGCACCCCAGUGGCUCGGCUGAACAGCGCUUGUGUCAACGGCAUCGCUUGGGCCCCCCACUCGUCAUGUCACAUCUGCACUGGAGGUAAAGGCUCCUACGGAAUGUGGGAUAUAAUAAGGGGGAAAAACGGACUUGAGGAUCCCAUCCUGGCCUACACGUCUGAAGGGGAGAUCAACAACAUGCAGUGGGCGUCCACGCUGCCGGACUGGAUCGCUAUCUGCUACAACAACUGCUUGGAGAUCCUGCGUGUCUAA